UUCACGUCAACGCGACAUAUUGUUUUGUUUAUUGGCGGCGGCGCUGUAAAUGGUGUGGUGAAGAUUUUUCGCAACUCAUUUUCGCUAUAAAUUUCCUGGAUAUAUCCAGCAAUGGAGGAUAAUCUUCAGCACGAGGAUCUUCUGAUAAAAUUGCGAGCGAAGUUGAACGAGGAGAAGGUGAAGUUAUGGGAACCGCCAUAUGUACUGCAAGACAACGAGGUGUCACAAAAUCUGAAGGAUCUGGCUCAAAAAUAUUCGUCAGAUCUGAGUGCCGACCAAGACAUAAUCCUCGGAGCACUACAUGAGUUGCAACUCCACUCUAUUGACCGUUCAAAAGCCAAUGCAGAGUUUAAAGAAACUGGCUUUGCAACCUUCAGGAUUAAGGCUACGGUUGCCGGAGAGAAGCCCAGAAUUAUGAAGGUUCAGAAGAAACUUGAUGCAAUGGGUAGUGACCUAAUUGCUAACGUUGCACAGGAGAUGGGUGUGGCUGAGAGUAGGAUUAAGCUGAUUUUCAAUGGGAAAGUUAUUAAGCCUACAGCCAACUUGGACGAUCAAGGGAUCAAGAAUGGGGCUCAGAUUAUGGCACUUAUUAUGGCCAAAACACCGGACGAGGUGAAAAGAGAAGACAAUAUGUACAUGGAGAUGAAAUCAACACGAGACGACGCUAAUUUGCUGUCACAGUAUGCUGACGAGGAGUAUAUGAAGUUGGAAGACCAAUCGGGCAAGACAGUGGACGUGGACCCAUCGUCGCGUCGCGCGCUGCUGGUGGGGCUGACGCUGCACGAGCGCGGGCGCGCGGCCGCGCGUCAGCGGGACUACCCGCUGGCGCUCGUGCUGCUGCUCGAGGCCGACCGCCAACUCAGCGAAUGCAGCUCAAACAUCCUGAAAUCCGUAGACAACUGGGCAGUCCUACAACUAGACAUAGCGUGGUGUUAUCUCUGUCUGCAAAACUUGUCGUCCGCCACCGACGCGGUCACGCGCCUGACGCGCGCCGAGGAGUCACUCAGGUGUCUGUACGGUGAACAUCACCAGAGGAUGGCGGAGUUGAGGGGAACUAUUGCGACGGAGCGCGUGUUGUUGAUGCGACUGUACUUACUGCAAGGAGUCGUGGCCUACCACCAGAACAAGCGGGCGCAGGCCAGGGCUCUGCUGGACAAGGCCGAGGCUGAGCUCAACUUCCUCAGGGUGGACGAGACGGCGGUGUGCGCGCUGAUGGAGCUGGGCUGGUCGCUGGCGGCGGCGCGCUGUGGGCUGCGCGCGGCGCGCGGUGACGUGGACCGCGCGCACCACUUCCUGGCCGAGCGCCGCGCGCAGCGCGACCGCGCCAGGGAGGCGCACCAGAAGCUGCGGCAACAACGCAAACUAGGCCUGUGCCAAGACGGGACUCCAGUCAAAGAACAGUUAGUGGAAGCACUAGUGGGUAUGGGGUACGCGCGGCGCAUAGCAACAGCCGCUUUGAGAAAAUCAAACAACCACGCCGCUGAGGCUGUUAGGCUCAUCCAGGAGCAGCCGGAGUUGUUGCAGGAGUCUGAAGAUUCUUCAGAUGAAACCGGGACCCCUAGCUCUGAUGAUUCCGUCGUCGAAGUGGACAACAAACUUGUUACCGAAUUGGAAGGAAUGGGCUACUCGCCGUCGCGUGCGCAGGCGGCGCUGCGCGCGUCGCGCAAUCGCCUCGGCGACGCCGCGCGCGCGCUCGCCAGCGGGACUGUCGACGACAAAGUUGUUCUUCUAGAUACGAGCGCUAACCCGUCUACCAGCACGGCUUCUCCUGCUAAGAGGAAGCAUAAGAAGCAUAAGAAAGAUAAGAACAAGGAGGAGUGCGAGCAGGCGCUCCACAGGCUCUCGACCGCGAUCAGGCCCGAGGAUGAUGACCACUUGGACACCUCUCUGGUGGAAGAAGAGGAAUUCUUGGUCCAGUACAAGUCUUUAUUGUAAGUCGUUGAACGUGUAUGGUGACCAGAAUGAAAUGAUGCGGUGUCUCUAACGCAUUACGCAUACAAAAAAAUUCCAUUUUUUGUACGCUAAUAGCGAAAGUAGCGCGCAUCAUUUUUAACUAUUCCUCGGUAGCCCAGUGAGUGUGGACUUGCUUCCGGUGAAGACAAACAUUGUGUGGAAACUGCAAAAUCAAAAUCAAAUCAUUUAUUCAGAAAUUAGGCCUUCACAGGCACUUUUUCACGUCAUAUUCUAAAUUAAAUGAUGUUUACCAAAGCUACAAACUACUAGCAUUUCGGAACGACCACUGCUGAGAAGAAAUGCCGAAAGAAACUCAUUCAAACAGUGUUGCUCCCUAUUAUGCCAGAAGGGCUUACCAUUUUUUAAAUAUAAAUUUAUGUAUAAUUUUUUAUCAGUAAUAUAACAUGUAAGUACACAAUAAAGUACAUGGUCAAAAGGUAUACUGAAACAUAUUAUGAUUGUGAUCAAGUGCUGAUGAAAGGAAAAUAUAUAUACUUAUAUAUAUAUAUAUAUAUAUAUGUAUAAUUAACCAAACAAAAAAAAACUUUCAACUGCACACUGGUUGACUAUUUACUUUAGUGUAUACGAAUAUUUGUCACUUCCUUCAGACGUCUUGAAUAAACUCUGACACCGCACUGGUGUCUCAAUGACACUGUCAAUAAGACUCGAUAAGAAAGAGAGUGUAGGACAUUAUGUAGAAAUAUAUCUUCGUAAUGAAUACUUUUCAUUUAAGAAAACGUUCUUGUCGGUGGAGUGAUUUCCAUAUCUGUCUAUCCUUAGCCGUUAUAUCAGUGAAUACAGAAAAGUUAUUAACCUGAGGUCACACUUAACCUUAGUUUUAAAAAUAAAACAGAUGCCUUUAACCUAGAGAGGUCCACAGGCAUUAAAUAACAUCGCUGGGCUAUCGAGCUGAAAUUGUGUUUAAAACUCUUCAUUGUAAUCUGUCAAGCCAGAAUGUAUACAAUUAUUAAGUAAAGCGUAUGUUUCCGGUAUGAAUUCGGUGGUUUGGACGUCUAUGUCACGUGAAAAGUUACUCUAUGCUCUGUGUGUGUCUCUUUCUUACAAACCUGUUUCACCACUUUCACUUGUAAUCUGAUAGAUUAUCUAACUGGUAGAUAAAUCUAUCGAGUGAUUGGCCAGUUAGCCAAAUCCAACAGUUGUGAAACAUAAUGAUAUGUUACAUGUAGGAUUUCGGAUACUUUGUCAGCACGCGGUGAGAUUUCUUCAUAUAGGAGACGCUUAUAUAUGGUAUUUUUUGCAUGUUGAAUGUUUCGAAACGAAACCGUUUCUUAACGGUUACGUUUCCUAGUGUUAACAAUACAAGUGUUAAAUUUUUCUCAAGUCUUCUAUCAGAAGAUAUCAGAAGAAAAUCGGAGAUAAUUAAUGAUUUUUGAAAUUACAAAAUAUAUAUUUCGAUAUUCGUUGUAAUGUUAAUUCUGAAGCAUGGUGGAAAUCAUGACAUAAUGUGUGUUUUUUGAUCUAAGUAAGUUGACUGUAUGGUAGGUAUAGAUGACUGAAAGAUGCCAUAUUUGGAAUUUCGAAUUUUUGUGUGUAUAAUGUGACUAUACUAUAAAUGUUACCAUUUUAUCGCAUAACAUAUGUAUAUCUUCAGGAUUGGACGUGCUAAUUCUCAAAGUAUUAUUAUUUUUUGGUAUCGAUUUUAAAAUCUAGUUUCGGUUUCGGCCAAUAACCAUCCGAAACUUUUGACCAAAACCAUGAUUCUAUGGUUUUGUUUGGACACUAAAUCGUUAUAUUAAAUUCUAAAUUGCGUGAAGCACCCUAUAACUCAUCUUGGCUUCUCAAUAGACUAGUUUGAGGUCUACGCAUUCUCAUAAAUAAUAAGUGUACAUAAUAUACGACGUAGACAGAAAAGUUGAUGUUUAGCCCAUAUAAAUACCCGCAUAAAAAGUGCGGAUUAAUUUAAUAUGUGUGUCGUUCGAAAAUUGCUAUUUGAAUAAGGAUAUACGUAUAGAGGUGUUAUUAUAAACUAAAAUAAUAUAAAUGUUCAAUUUAAAUUUUGAAUGUUUUAAUGACCAUACAAUAAUGUAUGUCUACCAUACAAUUAUGUACUUUUACAAUGCAUUUUGUUUCUUGAUAGAUUCGUCUAUUGAGACCACACUAUUCUAGUCUUACAAACAGGUUCUUUGAUUUGUAAUGUACUAAAAUAUACCUAAGACUCCACACUGCUCGUCGAACCAAGAGUAGUAGGGUUUCUGAUAUAUUUUGAUAUUACAAAGGAAAGCUGAGCUUCAUAAUUUAAAUACAUUUUGAUUUUAUGCUAUUACUUUUCAAAUGAAAAGCAAUAUGAGCAUUGUAAGCAAUAAUCUUAGUGUAAUGUAGUUUAGGGCCAUUAUAUGCCUUGAUGUCCAUUUACAUCGGUGUAUGGCCGAUCUUGCACAAUGCUACACGGAAUACAUUUGACACGAGGUUUAUUGAAAAUUAAAGUUCAUUAUUAAUGUCAAUUUCUUCUUGUAAUGAAUUUCUUCUAUUAUUAAUUCGGAUUUCUAGCUUCUACCUAUAAGUUACGUUACGUCCCCACCAACUCGUAUCACAUGUUACAACUAUCAAUACAUUUACCAUUCAUUAGAGAGUUUAUUUUUACAACUAUCCUUUAACUAAGGUAGCCUGGAAGAGAUUGCACUGGUGAUGAGGCCGCCUAUUGUACUUUUUUCUAUGUUUUAGUCUCCUAAGUUUUAAAAUAUUAAGUUUCUGAAUAUUUUGCCUUUUCUUAUCAAUACACUGAAACUUACAAAACAAAUUGGGUUAUUUUAUGUACUAGAGCUAAAGUAAGUAAAUAAAAACACUUUAUUGCACCAAAUAAGAUUUAGACAAAAACUUAGGAUACUAAAAUAUAUUACAAUUUUAUGAUUUAAUAAAAAUAACGAUAUAUAUAGAAAUAGUGCUUGAUAAGUUGCGCAAUUGAUGAGUAGCGUCGUGUGAGAUUGCCCUGUGUUUAUGAACUAUUAUAUGUCUGAAAUGUAUGUUGUGAUUAUGUGUAGUGAAUGGAGUUUUAUUCGGUGUUAGUACAAGUCCUGCCACUUAUCAAAAUAUCGCGAGUCCAGCUCGUUUUAAAAAUAUCCCAUAUAAUAUUUAUUAUAUAUUCUAGAGCGGGCGAAAUAGUUGUCUUUGAAAACUCGAUGUCAAAAGUACUAUCGAUAGUAUAUAAAGUAUCGACGCCGUGAUGAGUUUACUGUCGAUGGUCUUACUCUCAAGUCUAAAUAUUAUCGAUACUAUGAACAGUUUUGAACAUUAUCGAUAGUAGCCUAUCGAUCGGCAUCACUAGUUUUAUAUCCAGUAAUGUCGUUUGUAUAACAGGGAGUGUUAAAGAUUAUACCCGUGUAGGUAUAUCGUGUUGCACGGUAAGCAAAUUAGUAAACCAAAAGUUACACCUUUCCAAUACUUGCAUCAACUGUUCCCAAUUAGUCGGAUGCCAGUGUAGUGUAUAUCAGAUUAAUUCCAUAAGUCUGGCGAAAUUUUCAUCGCGAAAAAAUGUCGUUCUUUCAUUGGCACGUCUUAUAUUCUUAUCCAUAAAGUCUUGACAAUGGAACAAUGUACUUAAAAACUGGAAAGAACAAUAUUAUAUUGUUCUUUCCAGUUUUUAAGUACGUUCACGAGCUUUAUAUUCGCCGUUUCGCCUGCUCUAGUCAAUGUCUCUGACUAUUAAUAUCUGAUUAUAAAAAUGUUUAUAUUUCUGAAACAAAAAAAAAUGUAGAGAUAAUCUUACUCUCAAUAAUUUUAUUUAUAUAUUGGGGUAAUUGUAUACAGGGGUGAUUGACAAUAGAUCUGAUGAUACUGAUAAGUUUGAAAAAUCAAAAAUUUAAUUAAAAUUUAUAAUAAUGAAUAAUAACGAAAUUUGAAAUAAUAACUGCAAUCAACCCUAUUCGUAAUUGCCCUGAUUGACUACUUAUUAUAUAACUGCAAUGGCUCUAAUUUAUUUGUAAUUUAUUUUCUAGAUUAGCUAAUUUCUGGACAUUGAACUAUUUUCUUACCUGGAUGUAUUUAUUUAAUAUAAUAAAUGUGAUUCAUAUACAAAA